ACGAUUUUAUUUCUAAUUCUUUUGAAAUAAAGUUCAUUACUAUAUUAAUUGUUUUAGCAGCUAUAACUAAGAGAGCUCAGAUUCCUUUCUCUUCAUGACUUCCUGCUGCUAUAGCAGCUCCUACUCCUGUUUCUGCUUUAGUUCAUUCUUCUACUCUUGUUACUGCUGGUGUUUUUUUAUUAAUUCGUUUUAGACCAAUAUUGGAUACUUAUAAUUGUGGUUGAUUUUUACUUUUAAUUGGUUGUAUAACUAUAUUUAUGGCUGGAUUGGGCGCUAAUUUUGAGUUUGAUUUAAAGAAGAUUAUUGCUCUUUCUACUUUAAGACAACUUGGUUUAAUAAUAAGAAUUUUGGCUAUAGGUUAUCCAAAGCUUGCAUUUUUUCAUUUAUUGGCUCAUGCUUUAUUUAAGGCAUUAUUAUUUAUAUGUGCAGGUUCAAUAAUUCAUAAUUUGAAGGAUUCUCAGGAUAUUCGUUUUAUAGGAUCAAUUGUUAAUUUCAUACCUUUAACUUCAGUUUGUUUUAAUGUUUCUAGUUUAUCUUUGUGUGGAAUACCUUUUUUAGCGGGAUUUUAUUCAAAGGAUUUAAUUCUUGAGAUGGUUUGUUUAAGAUGAAUUAAUUGUUUAAUUUUUUUCUUUAUUUUUUUUCUACUGGUUUAACUGCUUCUUAUUCUUUUCGUUUGUUUUAUUAUUCAAUAUCUGGUGAUAAUAAUUUUUAUUCUAGAUUUUCUUUUGAUGAUAAGGGUUAUUAUAUUUCAUUUGGAAUAAUUGGUCUAUUGUUUGUUGCUGUUUUUGGUGGUAGUCUUUUAUCUUGAUUAAUUUUUCCUAUUCCUCAUGUGAUUGCUUUACCUUAUUAUUUAAAGUUUUUAACUAUUACAGUUGUUAUUU